AUUCACGGCACUGUUAAUACAAACAUAUCAAUGGUCAGGGUUAGAAUUAAUUCAUGGCACCAUUAUUAUUUGACCCAACAUGUCUGGGCUAAUUCAUUAUAAUUAACAAUCAACAGUACAACAAACAUACCUUCCUCAGUAACUUACUUACUUACUUAGUCCUCUUCGUGCUGGUUUGCACAUAAGGCUUCCACUAGAGACUUCCAGUAUGCUCUGUCUUGAGACCAAGUCUUUAUUUGUCCCCAAGUCCAUCCCUGUUCCUUCAUCUCUCUUUCUACUGCUCUCCUCCAUGUCUCUUUUGGGCGACCUCUUUUUCUCUUCCCUGCUGGUGUCCAUCUUUGAGCAACAUGUGGGAUCGAUGUGGGAUCCAUUCUCAAAACAUGGCCUAGCCAGCGCCACCUCCUCUUCUUAAUUUCCUCUGAUACUGCUGUUGUUUUAGUUUUGUUGUAAAUUUCUCUGUUUGAUAUUCUAUUUGGCCAAAAAACUUAUAGAAUUCUUAGAAUUCUUCUUAAACAUCUCCUCAGUAAACUAUCUGUUAAUAAUCCUCAUCUUGUCCUUGUGUAAAAGAAUUCAAUCAGUGUUUGAGUGAAGAACUCGAUCAGUGAAGAACUCAAUCAGUGAAGAAUUCAAUCAGUCAAGAACUCGAUCAGUGAAGAACUCAAUCAGUCAAGAACUCAAUCAGUAAAGAACUCGAUCAGUCAAGAAUACAAUCAGUGAAGAACUCAAUCAGUGAAGAAUUCAAUCAGUUAAGAUCUCAAUCAAUGAAGAAUGAACAUUUUCCACGUGUUUAAAGUCAUACUUUACACGUAAUCUAUUCUUUUAUUAUUACCUUAUAUGUAAAUCUCCCUUACAUAAGGGGAGAUUUCAAGGUCACAGAAUAGUAUUAAUAUUACUGUUGAGAAUGAAUUUACAAAAAUGAAGAUCUAGACAAUAUCAAAAUAUGAACAUCUGACAGCCAUGUUUCAGGUUUAUAUAGAGCUUAAAGCUUCAUAGCAGUACUGAAUGAAAUAUUAUGAUAAAUUACACUUGUAUGAACAUCUGACAGCCAUGUUCAAGUUCACAGAUAAGUUCAAAUGUAGCUUCAUAGCAGUACUGAAUGAAAUAUGAUAAAUUACACAAUAAAAGAACAUCAGACAGGCAUGUUAAAGUUCAUAUAUAUAGCUUAAAGCUUCAUAGCAGUACUGAAUGAAAUAUUAUGAUAAAUUAUAAAUGAAAAUCCGACAGCCAUGUUCAAGUUCAUAUGUAGCUUCAUAGCAGUACUGAAUGAUUGAUUAAUGGAUGUUUUCUGCCACACUCAACAAUUUUUCAGUUAUAUGGUGGCACCCAGUUUUUAUUGGUGGAAGAGAGAACCCUAGAUAUAAUGCACCUGGGAAGAGACCACCGACCUUCUGAAAGUAAACUGGGAAACUUUCUCACUUACCGGCGAGAGCGGGAUUCGAACCCGCGCCGACAGAGAUAAAAUGGAGAAACUAACAAAGUCCCCCAUUCCACCAAAUGUAAGAGAGCAAUACGAUAGUGAUGUUCAGAAAUGGAGAGAGGAAGACAAGCUUUACUAUGAAAUCCACAGUUUCCCGUUAGUGAUGCAGAAAGUGAGGAACCAACCUUGUGUGACGUUUGUUGGUGUACCGGGAUCUGGGAAGUCCGCGACAGCUCACCACAUCGCCCUCAAGCUCCAGGAGGAAGGUUACGAGGUUGUACCAGUUGAUGAAAUCAGAGAGAUAAAGCAAUACUGUGACACAAAGAAUCCACAGGUGUUUGUUAUUGAUGAUGUGGUGGGUGUCUUUGGCCUCCAGAAAACUAAAUUAGAUGUGUUGACUGAUUAUGAACAGAAAAUAACAAGCCCUUGCAUGUAUAAGUCUAGGACUUUGAUGACAUGUAGAGAGGCUGUGUUCAAUGAGAUAAAAUUUUACAAACCAUUCCUGACGAAAGAAGAGACAGUGAUUAAGUUACACAGUUCUGAUAAUGCAUUAGAUAACAAUGACAAGAAACAGAUUCUCAAGAAGUAUGGUUUAAAUGUUGAUUUAAUGUCACCUGCAUUACUGAAAUCAACAGCUCAUAUGUUUCCCCUUCUCUGUAAAUUGUUUUCAAAGGAAACAAAAUUCCAAGCUCUUGGUUCAAAGUUUUUCCUGUGUCCAGUCCAAUGUAUGAUUGAUGAACUUGAUGAUAUGCAGAGGCAUACCAAACUGAAUUAUGCAACACUUGUUUUGUGUAUGCUAAAUGAAAACAGCCUAUCAAAAGACAUCUUAAAGGAUAGGAAAAAUGAACAUUUUGUGAGCAUGAAAAAUGACAUGUUGGAAAAUUGUGAAUUAGAAAGCCUGACAGAUGCUUUCAAGUUUGUGAAAGCCUUGUCAGCAAUGGAGGGGACAUACACAAAACAGUGUGGUGCACAAUACACAUUUAUACAUAACUCCUUGUUUGAAAUCUGUGCUUAUCAAUAUGGCAAACAGUUUCCUGACCAAAUGUUGCUGUAUAUGAGUAGUAGUUAUAUUGCUAAUUAUGUCAAACCACAGAUAAGUGAACCAGGAAUUGUGAACAAAGUGAAAGAGAAACAGAGUGAUUCUCAAUCUAUUGAGGGGGAUGAGAGUAACAAUGAUAGUGAAGGAGAGGAGGAGGAGAGCGAUGAUAAAAACAGUGAGAGAGAGGAAUCAUCUGAUCUGUGUAUAAGGUUACCUGAGGAUCAGUACCCACUGUUAGCUGAGAGAUUGUACAGAGACAUACAGAACAUGGAGCUGUAUGAUGUUUUCAGGAAUCGGGUUUUAAAACAUCCCCAGGUGUGUCAGGCUUUUAUUCGUGUGUUAGAGACAAAGUCAUACACAGAAUUAAAAUCUGUAUUUCUGUCCAGUCAGGGAAAGGUAGAUAAGAUAGCGAGUAAACAAGAGAGUGUGAAGAAGGAAAGUGGAGAGAAGAGGGAUUGGAGUGAAUGGGACAGACAGAGGGCACUGGUGGAUGAGAGGUAUAAAAUAGAUCAUAAGAGAGAAAUACAUACAGUAUGCAUACACAAUGUGAGAGUGAUCAGCUGGGUGAUCUACUAUGGACAUUAUCAUAUCCUACAGUUCAUAGUACAACAGACUGAACGACACGAUGAAGUAAGUGAAUUGUUUAGGAUAACAGGAAAUUCUCCACAUCAGUCUAAAUCUGCGAUAUACAUGAAUACAUGUAAUAAACCUGAAAGUGAAAACAUUAGGCUUGUAGAAGAAUGUAGAUUACUUGUAUUGAGUUGUUAUAGUGAUGAUAUACAAAUAUUCAGAGUUUUGCUUCCUUUUUGUAAGAAAGCAGUCAGUGGGAUAGGUCUGUGCAGUGGAGGAAUUGUUUGGUCUUCUGUACCUCUUACUUCUGCAUGUAAAGGAGGGCAUAUAAGUAUAGUGAAGGAGCUGGUGAAGUUGGGGGCUGAUGUCAAUCUACAGAAAAUAUGGGGGAGUACACCACUGAUAGCUGCAUGUAAUCGAGGACAUAUAAGUAUAGUGAAGGAGCUGACGAAGGCGGGGGCUGAUGUCAAUCUACAGGAUAGAUGGGAGGAUACACCACUGAUAGCAGCAUGUCAGGGAGGACAUGUGAGUACAGUGGAGGAGCUGGUGAAGUUGGGGGCUGAUGUCAAUCUACAGGGUAGUGAAGGGAAUACACCACUGAUAGCUACAUGUCGGAGAGGACAUGUGAGUAUAGUGAAGGAGCUGGUGAAGGCGGGGGCUGAUGUCAAUCUACGGGAUAGUGAAGGGAAUGCACCAUUGAUAGCUGCAUGUAAUGGAGGACAUAUAAGUAUAGUGAAGGAGCUGGUGAAGGCGGGGGCUGAUGUCAAUCUACGGGAUAGUGAAGGGAAUGCACCAUUGAUAGCUGCAUGUAAUGGAGGACAUAUAAGUAUAGUGAAGGAGCUGGUGAAGGCGGGGGUUGAUGUCAAUCUACAGAAGAGAAGGAAUACACCACUGAUAGCUGCAUGUCAGAGAGGACAUGUGAGUGUGGUGGAGGAGCUGAUGAAGUUGGGGGCUGAUGUCAAUCUACAGGGUAGUGAAGGGAGUACACCACUGAUAGCUGCAUGUCAGGGAGGACAUAUGAGUAUAGUGAAGGAGCUGAUGAAGUUGGGGGCUGAUGUCAAUCUACAGAAUAGAGGGAAUACACCACUGAUAGAUGCAUGUAAGAAAGGACAUAUAAGUAUAGUGAAGGAGCUGGUGAAGGCGGGGGCUGAUGUCAAUCCACAGAAUAGCUGGGGGGAUACACCACUGAUAGCUGCAUGUCAGGGAGGACAUGUGAGUGUGGUGGAGGAGCUGAUGAAGGUUGGGGCUGAUGUCAAUCUACAGGGUAGUGAAGGGAAUACACCACUUAUAGCUGCAUGUCAGGGAGGACAUGUGAGUGUGGUGGAGGAGCUGAUGAAGGCGGGGGCUGAUGUCAAUCCACAGAAUAGCUGGAGCGAUACACCACUGAAAGCUGCAUGUCAGGGAGGACAUGUGAGUGUGGUGGAGGAGCUGAUGAAGGCGGGGGCUGAUGUCAAUCCACAGAAUAACUGGGGGGAUACACCACUGAUAGCUGCAUGUCAGGGAGGACAUGUGAGUGUGGUGGAGGAGCUGAUGAAGGUUGGGGCUGAUGUCAAUCUACAGGGUAGUGAAGGGAAUACACCACUGAUAGCUGCAUGUCAGGGAGGACAUGUGAGUGUGGUGGAGGAGCUGAUGAAGGCGGGGGCUGAUGUCAAUCCACAGAAUAACUGGGGGGAUACACCACUGAUAGCUGCAUGUCAGGGAGGACAUAUGAGUAUAGUGAAGGAGCUGGUGAAGUUGGGGGCUGAUGUCAAUCUACAGAGUAGUGAAGGGAGUACACCACUGAUAGCUGCAUGUCAGGGAGGACAUAUGAAUAUAGUGAAGGAGCUGAUGAAGUUGGGGGCUGAUGUCAAUCUACAGAAUAGCUGGGGACAUACACCAAUGAUAGCUGCAUGUCAGGGAGGACAUAUGAGUAUAGUGAAGGAACUGAUGAAGUUUGGGACUGAUGUCAAUCCACAGAAUAGCUGGGGGGAUACACCACUGAUAUAUGCAUGUCAGGAAGGACGUAUAAGUAUAGUGAAGGAGCUGAUGAAGUUGGGGACUGAUGUCAAUCUACAGAAUAGACAAGGGAAUACACCACUGAUAGCUGCAUGUAAUGGAGGACAUAUAAGUAUAGUGAAGGAGCUGGUGAAGUUGGGGGCUGAUGUCAAUCUACAGAGUAGUGAAGGGAGUACACCACUGAUAGCUGCAUGUCAGGGAGGACAUAUGAGUAUAGUGAAGGAGCUGGUGAAGUUGGGGGCUGAUGUCAAUCUACAGAAUAGACAAAGGAAUACACCACUGAUAGAUGCAUGUCAGGAAGGACAUAUAAGUAUAGUGAAGGAGCUGGUGAAGUUGGGGGCUGAUGUCAAUCUACAGAAUAGAGGGAAUACACCACUGAUAACUGCAGUAAGACAGGAUUCUUUAUCGGUAGUGAAAUAUGUAGUGGAACAUGGAGCUGACUGGGUUACGCAGGUUGUUGAAAUCGAUGUGUCAGCAGUAUAUAAAGCAUUAAUACUGAACAAACGAGAUAUAGUGAAAUAUCUCAUACAGGAACAAAAUAAAAUCACUCCAGGUCAAUGUAAGGGAAAUGUACACCUAUUUAACUGUCUGGUGGACAUCAGACAUGCUGGAGUUAAAACAGACAUUAGGGGUGAUGUGGUGGUGACAAACAGAUCAGUGUGGUGUAUGGAUAAAGAGGGAGAUUUGUGGCAUACAAUCUGUGAGGGAGACUGUGAUGUACUGAGACAUCUGUUUUGUGUGGGUCUGGAUGUCAAUCAGUCGAUGCAGUUGUAUUAUAACAACAAAGAGAAUAAGACUGAUGUGAGACCUCUGUUGUAUACACUGAUUGAUUAUGGGUGGUAUGAUGUUAAUUAUACAACAGAGAAGGUGGGGAUCCUGCUGGGGGCGGGGGCUGACGUCAAUGUCAGGGUGAGAUAUAAAGAGUGUGACUCGGUGUUAGACAGGGAGGGCAUGUCUCUUCUAGAGAGGACGAGGAAACAGAUGUUUGAGUACAGUCACAUUGAGUACAUAGCACGAGAGUACAAAGUGAUGUGUGAGAUAAAGAAACAUGUCAGAAGACACUCUGUAUAGUCCCUGAUAGAAUUGUAGAGAGAUGUUGUUACUGAGUACAAAAGUGAGAUGUAUGAGAUAAAAAAAGAUGUCAGAAGACACUCUGUAUAGUCCCUGAUAGAAUUGUAGAGAGAUGUUGUUACUGAGUACAAAAGUGAGAUGUCUGAGAUAAAGAAAGAUGUCAGAAGUCACUCUGUAUAGUCCCUGAUAGAAUUGUAGAGAGAUGUUGUUACUGAGUACAAAAGUGAGAUGUCUUGAGAUAAAGAAAGAUGUCAGAAGACACUCUGUAUAGUCCCUGAUAGAAUUGUAUAGAGAUGUUGUUACUGAGUACAAGAGAUAAAGAAACAUGUCAGAAGACACUCUGUAUAGUCCCUGAUAGAAUUGUAGAGAUAUGUUUUUACUGAGUACAAGAGUGAGAUGUGUGAGAUAAAUAAACAUGUCAGAAGACACUCUGUAUAGUCCCUGAUAGAAUUGUAGAGAGAUGUUGUUACUGAGUACAAAAGUGAGAUGUAUGAGAUAAAAAAAGAUGUCAGAAGACACUCUGUAUAGUCCCUGAUAGAAUUGUAGAGAGAUGUUGUUACUGAGUACAAAAGUGAGAUGUCUGAGAUAAAUAAACAUGUCAGAAGACACUCUGUAUAGUUCCUGAUAGAAUUGUAGAGAGAUGUUAUUACUGAGUACAAGAGAUAAAGAAACAUGUCAGAAGACACUCUGUAUAGUCCUUGAUAGAAUUGUAAAGAGAUGUUGUUAAGUUACUGGUAUCUUUGUACAAGACACUAUUUAAUGAAAAGAAUGGCUUUACAAAUCUCUCGUUAAUUAAGUUUCCACUUACCUGUGUACAAUAACAUAGUGUUUCACAUAUUAUUUAAAGAUUUGAAAAAAAAUACAUGUUUAACAUUAAAGGUUCAUAGAAUUCA